GAGUAUCAGUUCGGUUUCCUCUAGCAACCCGUUACUUCCAAACAAAAUGAACUCCUCAUUAUCCCUUAUGUGCUUUGCACUGGUCCUGAUCAGUCCUUUGUGCCUGGGUUAUUCUGACGAACAACGUCAAGCCGAUAGCCUUCGAGUUGCUGAAAUCAUCCGAACCUCCCAGGACGACGAUGCCAAGAUCAACAACACCCAGGAACUCCUUGACAUUUACAGACGUCUCUAUCCCAGUCUGACUCCUGAAGAUCGCGAGAGCAUCGACAAGUUUGUCAAUGAGCACACGGAUGCAAUUCUAGUCGAUGGAGUUCCUGCUCAGGGCGGUCGGAAGACCAAGUUUGUUGGGAAGGUCCUGUCUCCAGCUAUAAAGGGAGUGGCCACUGGAUUCUUUGAAGAGCUUGGUGCCGGUCUUGCCAGAAUAUUCACUGGCUAAUCUCCACAGCCAUGGACAAAAAAAUACCGCAAACAUUUUUUAAUAUUUUUAUAUUUUUGCUUAAUUUGAAAUAUAUAUCUUUAAAACUA